AUGGUUAUCACUGUACGCUGCAGAUCCAAUGUGCUCAUUUUCCAUUCCACAGAGGAAUAUGUUCGACUGAUAAAGGCAAUACGUUCUGAUAGUGAGGAUUGGGAGUAUAUCGAAUCGAAAGCUUAUCGAUAUGUGGAAGCAAUGAAAGAAGAUCCUCCGUUUAUCAGAGAAACCAAUCAAACCAAAAUUCGAAAUCAAAUCGUGGAAGAUGUGAUUCAAUACAACAUUCCAGUGGUGAUUGAGGGAGUGACGUCGUCAGGCAAAACAUUCACGGUGGAACAAUACUGUCGACGUUCUCUCGUUCCCUUUGUGAGAUACAACUUCAGUCCUUCGUCCACAACUGAGGAAUUGCUUGGAGAUAUGGUGAUUACGAACGAUGAUACAGAGAAGAUCAAAUUCCAGGACGGAGCUUUCACGGAUGCAUUCAUUCAUGGCAAACUGCUAUUGAUGGAUGAAAUGUCUCUGGCUCCUCCUUCUGUGGUUCAGAGUGUGUUAUCGUAUUUGUUUGGCAAGAAGAUUCUCCAUGAAGGCAAGGAUGGAAGUGAAGAACGUGUAAUGCAUCGAGAUUUCCGCAUUAUUGCCACUCAAAAUCCUGCUGGAAGCUCAUACAAGCGAAGCAAUCUGUCUUCUGCAAUUCGCGAUUGUUUCCGCUUUGUCACUCACGAUUCAACGAAACAGAAAUACUUCCCGAUGAUUGAGAAAGAAGAAAGAUUGGAUAUCAUAACGGCGAUGUUUGGAGGAGACACAAAAGUUGGAAGAAGAGUGUGUGAGAUUCAUGAUCGAGCUGAUAAUCGAAAGAAUGUGUCUGGAAGAGAGAUUGAUAAAGGGAAGGAUUACACACUUCGAGAUUGUAGUCGAACUAAAUGGAUGAAGGAGAAAUUGAUGGAUAAAGAGAAAAUCGGUGAAAGCAAAGCAUUAGAUCGAGCUUUACAAAUCGCAUAUAAUGAAGAUUUGAAAACAAAUCCAGUAUUCAAAGCGGAUAUUACUUUCAGCAAAGCUGCUUUAGACAAGGAAUGCUGGAAGGAUGUGUAUGAUCGAGUUCGACUAGGAUUGGAAUCUGGAUGCCAUGUUCUAUUGAUUGGAGAAACGGAAUAUGUAUCUCGAAAGUAUUGUCGAGCAAUAAUGGAGAUAAUGCAGAGUGAAGGAACAUCCUGUGAAGUGAUUCAUUGCAGUUCGACUUCUUCAACAGAAAGUGUGAUUGGAAGCUAUUCACUCGAGAAAGAUGAUGAUGAAGGCAAACCAGUUCCUCGUUUCUGUCCUUCUCCAUUGCUUACAGCGAUUGAAAAUGGAGGAAUUUGUGUUCUUCAGUCGAUGCAUUUGAUGAAAUCGAAUGUGAUCGAGCGAUUGAAUUCUGUGUUGGAAUUAUCACCUGCAGAUGGCCAUCAUCAUGUAGUUCGAUUUGAUGAACGUCGAGAAAGACCCGAAUUCGAAAUGAGUCCCGAAUUCCGUGUAAUCGCAACAACAUCUGAGAAAGGUUUGCUGGCAUUUUCUCCUGCCUUGAGAAAUCGAUUUUUGGAAGUAUUUGUGAGUCAUGAAGAUGCAAAGCGAUUUGAAAACUCUCCCAAGCUUGAGAAUAAUGAGAACAGAGAUGAAAUUGAUGAUUUGAUUCAUGAUUAUUCUCAAACAAUCGAUUGGUUUCAGCAGCAAGAACUCCAUCGAAUGGCCUAUUUUGCUACUCAGUUGGCUGGAUAUCAAUUGGAUGAAUCUCUGAUUGAAAUGCUCGCUAAACAACCACCAAUUUGUGAACUGCAAUCCCUUCGAAGCCAUUGGACUGAAGCUUCGAGAUUGUUCUAUUGUAUUUGCAAAAACAAGGCUGUGGCACUGUGUGGACCUAGAGGCAGUGGAAAGUCCUAUGCAAUUCGCGAAAUCAUCAAGCAACGCCAUGUAGAGAGAUAUCAAGUGUUCAGUGUAUCUGGAGAAACCGAGUUUUCCACUUUGAUGGGAAGUGUGGAUGUGAAAGGUGAUUUCCGAGCUGGAAGAUUGCUUCAAGCUGUAGAAAGUGGAGAAUUAGUGAUAUUCGAAAAUGCUGAAAACAUGUCAGCAGAAUUACUGGAAAUGCUUGAUACUGUUUGUGAUCCUUUCACUGAUGAGUUCACUUAUCCAGCUUUUAUCAAUCAUUCAAUUCAUCCUUCAUUCCGAGCUUUGUUCGUGUUUACAACACGUCGAGUGAAUUCGUUGCCUUCUCUUCCUGCUUAUUUCGAUAUUUGUAAAAUGAGUCCAAUCCAGAGUGAUGAAGCGAAAGAGUUGAUAAAUAGUGAAAUCUGCAAACGAUUAUGUGAUCAUAUUGAUAGUGGUGGGAUUCCAUUGAAUGAAGUAUUCACUCUGGAUAAGACUUGCUUCAAUACUUCUCAUCCAAUUUGGAUUGUAGCAGCAUUGUUUGCAGAUCGAAAAGAUCGCAAAGAACUACUUGAGAGAGUGAUAGAAGAAUGGAAAAAGACAGCUGACGCAGGAGUGAAGCAAGAACUUGAAUCAGCAAGUGUGGUUUUGUCAACUCCAACAGUAACAGCAAUAAAAUCCCCAACGAAUGAAUUGAGUUCAUUGCUUCAACGUGGUCCUCUUCAAACAACAGUUCCAAUUGAAUACUCAAAACUUAAGGAUUUGGAUUCUUCUGUAUUAUCUGCAUUGUUUACUCUUUCUAUUUCCAAUUUCAAGCAAACUCGCCUUCCUGUGUUAUUGGUUGGUGAUUCAGAUAUUGCUUUUGAAGUGACUCAUUUGCUGUUUCCCAAUGCUGCUCAUAUGGAAAUGUCUCGUUCAAUGGAAAUGUCUCACACAUUUGGUGAGAUUUCCGUUUGUCGUAAAGAAGACAUUCAAUACAUUUUGAGACAAACAUCGAUCCAAAAUGUUGAUGGAACUCCGAUGGAAGCAUAUCGAGAAUACUUGAAGAGGUUAUUGCAUGGCAUGGCAGAUGAUGAAUCAUCGCUCAUGAUGCGUCCUGGUCCGAUUCUCCGUUCGAUAAUGAGUAACAAUUCGAUCGUGUUGAACAAUAUCAAUUUAUUGAAUGAUCGAUUGCUUCCUCGAAUAUAUUCAUUGCUGUUUAGUUUGGAUUCACAAGAGUUUAGUCUAUUUGAGGAUUAUUCCCAAAUUCAAACAGAGAUUCUUGGUAAAUCUGUAAACGCGAUUGUAACAUGCGAAGAUCCAGAUUAUGGAAGAGUUGCAAAGAAAGACCAAUUCAUUCAAGUGUUUUGUCAAGCCUAUUCUGGAUUAGAAAGGGCGAAAUAUGAGUUUGAAAAUCGAGAUGACUAUCCUUUACACAUUCUACGAAAGUCAAAUAUGCUGAGAAAGGAAUUUGUGAAUGCUGAGAAGGUGAUUCCAUUCUAUCUUCGAUUCCUUCAAUCUGAUUUGGCGUCUCGAGAGAAUCUGAUUCAAAUGGGAAUGAAGAAUAAGGAUUUGAAGGAAGUGAGUAAAUUCCUUCAAUCAAGCAACAAGGAUGAUGCAAUGAUUCAAGACUUGAAGCAAACUUUAUCAUUCCUAUUUACAAAUGAUGUUAUUGGUGAUAUAGAAUCCAGUCUUCAAUCCAAGCAUCCAUUACUUCAUACAAAGACCACGAUUCAGUUAUUGGCAUCCAUUGUAUUGGCAGAUCGAAGUCAUCUUCCUCUGAUUCUUGAAGGAGAUCCUGGAGUAGGCAAAACUGUUUCUGCUGAGAAUUAUUUCGUAAAGGAGAAUCUUGACUAUAAGCGAAUCAAUUUUUCGAAUACCAUAACGAUUGAUAGUUUGUUUGGAUGUUAUACGAUUGUGAAUGGAGCAUUACAAUUCAGAGAUGGAAGUAUUACAGAACUAUUGAGGAGAGGAGAUCACUCAGAUCAACGAAUAGCAUUGUUAUUAGAUGAAGUGAAUUUGGCUCCAUCAGAUGUGCUUGAAGUAUUACUCACUCUGAUUCGUUGUUAUGUGAAUCACAAUCCAUUCCAAGUUCCAGGAGGCGAUGUGAUCAACAUUCCAUCGAACAUGCUGAUCAUUUGCUGUAUGAAUCCAGCAUCCAUGUCAGCAAAUCGCAGCACAUUGCCCCGUCAAUUCUACAAGUAUUGUAUCUAUCAUCGUGACUUGAAAUACACAUUGAAUGAAUUAUUCCUCACAGCUCGUCAAAUCUUGAGUAAUGUAAUGGAAUCGGAAGAAGAAUCAACAGAGAAUCAGAUUCUUGAUUUGUUUGAAUAUUCCUACAACUCCUAUCAAAAGACAUCGAUUCCAUUCUCACUUCGAGAUGUAUUGAAAGUGGAUCAGAUUGUGAACAAUGGAAAUAACCUAUCAUUGGAAACUGCUUUAUGGUUGGUGUUUGCUUGUCGUUAUGAAGAAUCAGAGAGAAAAGAAAUCGAGAAGAUAUUGAAGCUGGAAGAGACAUUGAAAGUUGAUAUUAUCAAACAAGACGACCAAUGUGUUGUUCGUGGUUAUUGGGACAUUGAAACACAACAAAUGUAUUCAGGAUCUUUCAAAGAGUAUUGUUUCACUUCAACAGAGAAAGUGACGAUAUUCAAGUUGAGUCUUGCUUUACAAUCCAAACGAGCCAUUUUGGUUUAUGGUUCUUCUCCCUCUGGCAAAUCGUAUUGUAUUUCGAAUCUGGCAUUGAUGUGGGAUAAACAAUGCACUUCGGUGUUUUUGAAUCACGAAAGCUCUCCAGAUGUGUUCAUUGGUCGAAGUACUCUUGGAAUUGAUGAAAAUGGGAAUGAAUGUAUCAAAUUCCGAGAAGGUCCGCUGUUGAAAGCAAUGGAGAGUGGAGAUUGGAUUGUGAUCGAAGAUAUUCAUUUGGCAAACAAUGAUGUGAUGGAAUCGCUGAAUUCUCUGUGUGAAGAAAACCCAACAUUGAAGGUAUUAGCAGGAAAUGAAGAAAUAACGUAUUCAAUGCGACCAAAAGAAGGCGAAAGGAAAAUUGACGAAGCAUUCCGAAUCUUCUUUACAAUAUCGGACAAUACAUUGAAACACUUCACUGGACCAUUCUUGAGUCGUUGUGUGAUUGUGUAUUGUGAUCCAAUAUCGACUCAAGCAAAUGUUCAAGAAAUCUGCCAAAUCAAUGAAUCAAAACACGAUCCUUGUAAUUUUGGAAGCAAAGAAUCAAAAACAUUCCGUCGGUGUAUUCGAGUGAUAAACAGUAAAGAGAGAGAUGCAUUCUUGUUUGAAUUUGGAUAUACACCGAAGAAGAAUGCUUUGGUUUCAAAGAUUGAAAUCCCCAAAUCUAUUGAUUACGAAUUAUAUGACUAUUUGGACAGUGUAGAUAGUUUAUCAGAAACUGAUAGAAUGAAUCGAAUGAUUGCUAUAAUGGAGAAGAUUUGUUCAAGUACAAAGAGUGCAUUUGUGAUUGAAGACACUAUUAAAAGAUUGCAAAGCUGUAUAAAGUAUUUUGAAAACCAUUUUAUCUACUAUGUAAUGGAUCGUACAAUCAAUGUACUUGAAAUGGAUAAUCUUCAGAAUUGUAUGAUGAAAAAACAAAGAGGAGAUAAUGCAGGUGUUCUUCGUCGUUGGUUUUUGAUUUCAUCGAUUGAUCCGAAAAUGAGAAGCAAAUACAGAAUGUCUGAAUGGAUGUUUAACCAAGAAAUCACAAUCAAGCAGUUAUUUGACAUUCCUACAACCGAACAAUAUAUAUAUUUGGAAUUGCUGUUUAUCUGUGACAGGAGAGAGGAAUUAAUGGAGUUAAUGAAGGAAACAAUAUUGAAUGAUUUGGCACUUGAAGUAUUUGCAAUGUUGGAGAACGGUGAUCGAAGUGAUUUGACAGAACAAAUGAUGAAGGCAGUCAUCAAUAUUCGAUACUAUUAUUUGGAUGUAAUGAAGAAUGAAAAACAUUUGAGAGAGAAAGCUCGAUUUACUGAUUGUUCAAAUCUUCGUAAUCAGAUUCAGUCGGUCGAACAGUCAAUUGAAUGUUUCCCAUCUGAGAUAAAGGAAUCGAACUCUGUGAAAGAAAUAUUAACCACUCUUGAAUCAAUAGAAUCUGCUGCCAAGAAAUGUGCAUCAAGACGUAAUGAGUAUGAGAAUGAUGAUGAUGAUGACAGUAUGAAGUAUAUGUUUACUGAAGCGGAAUAUAGUUGUGGCAAAAACGAGGAAUUAAAAAGAUAUUUACAGCAAGCAUUUGGAGAUAAAAUGAUUGAUAGCCAAACAUAUAAGUCAAUGAAUUUCAAUGUAAUUGAAACAAAGUAUGUUAUUUACAAUUAUAAUGAUCAUAUAAAUACAAAUAUAGUAAAGACAUCUCAUUUGAUUUACAAGUUAAAAACAUUCAAAAACUAUCCGUUCAUAUUGAGUGAAUAUGCAGAUGUAUUGAAUCGAUUGGAAUUGAAUGUGGUUGAUAUUCUAAAAGAAUUCAGAAGUUCAUCAAUUCUCCUUCCCCACUUAUUGAAAAUGCUGAAUGUAUUGCUGAAAAAGGAGAUGAAACAUAUGAAAUGGGAAAGGUUAUUGGAUUACUACUGUGCAUAUCCAUUCGUAACUCCAGUUGAUGUAACUCAAGGAGACUUUGAAGCAGCCAUUGAAAUGUUGUUCGAAAAAGAUUGGUAUAAAACUUUCUGGAAGUCAUUUAAUAACACAGAAACUACUCGAAAAAGUGCAUGCGACAAGUUAAAAAUUAGACUGACAAAAGAGUACUAUUUCACUCAACAUCCAAAAGAUAUUGUAUUGAGAGUUCCAUUGAUUUUGGAUGCUAUAGAUUUACAAAGAGGAUUAAACAAAUACAGUUAUGAGCAAGUGUCUCAAGUUGAUGUUUGGUGGAAAUGUGAUCUUCCUUCUUAUGUUGAGCCAGGAACUACUAUUCCUAGUGAAAUACUAAUAAUGGAACAAUCGCUUCAACAUCCAAGUAGUAAAAUGAAAAUCGUAAAUUACUUGUUGGAAGAAAUGUGGACACGCCAUUGUCCAAUGAGAAUUGAAGAUAAGCUGGCUAUCAUUUGUCCACGCAAACGAACACUCCAAGGAAAGGUAGUAUUGGACAUGCUGGAAGUGGAUAUUUUGCGAAAUGCUCUUAGCAAAGUAAUAAGACAAGUACAAGAUAUUGAUGAUCUUGUAUCAAGAGUGAUAGCUACUGCUCAGGCAGAUUGCAAGGUGGAAUUAAACAAGUUACAAAAAGAAUGGAAAAAAGCAGAAGAGAGAAUGAAGGAAAGUGACGCAGAGCAUAAAAAGAUGUACGAUAAUUUAGACUCAAAAAAGCAGGCUUUGAUUCAAAAAUAUACAAGAAUAGCUGAAGAAAAAAUGAGAAAUACAAAAUAUAUUGAGAAUUUUGAAAAGCGAAACAGAAAUACGAUUGGAAUGUUCACAUAUAUGCAUGCGGUGAAUAAUUUACGAUUGGAGUAUUUUUCAUGUUAUAUCAAUACUCCCCAAUAUGCAAAUCAUGAAGUUAGGUACACAAUAUCAAAAGACUACCAUCCAUUCGACUUUCAGAUGUUAUUAAUCCCACAUAAUCAUGAAGCAAUUAAAUGGAGUCAAAUGAUUACCGUAUCGUUGUUUGCACCUGAAGGAGUCAAUAGUUAUCUUCAAUCAAAUAAGAUUCAAUUAUAUGGAAACACAAUAUCUUACUAUGGCGUUCCUGUUCAAGAUGGUUAUUUGCUGGUACUUCCAUUAGCACCAUUUAAAUGGAGUGUUGAGAUAUCUAUUGGAGGACAACGUAUCAAGUGGGGAUAUGAUAGUAUUAGUUUGGUUUAUUAUACCAACAAAAUAGGUCAACUAGAUUAUUAUUCGAAAUAUUGGAAUCACAAAAACAACUGGGAUAUGUAUAAACUUCUUUGUUUCUUGAGAUGCAUGGUUACUAUAAGAGACGAUUUUCAUUUGAGAUAUGAUAUUCCUAUUGAUCAAUAUAAACUAAAUCAAUAUAAUCAAUAUAAUAGUGCCUCUUAUGGCAAGUAUUUAUCUUCUUGGGUGUAUUUUCUAACGUAUUCUUCAUUCAGUUGCAGCCUAUACAAAUAUACAAAGCCUUCUUCUUUUUUCAAUUCUGAAAUAGAGAGAUAUUAUUAUCAAUAUUAUAUUGCAUGUAUCGAAAUAAAAAGCGGUUUAGACUUAUUGCCCUAUAAUCAAGUGUCGUUUGAUUCAUUUAAAAAACAGUGGACUGUGAAAGAUUAUCUCGAUUAUGGAGAUGAUCUUGGUUCUCUUAUCAGUAUUGAUAAAAUAUCUAACUAUGAUGUGAGUGAAUAUCAAAAGGAUUAUCAGAGAUAUUUGACUAUCCAAAGGAAAAACAGUCAUGUCACGAGUGAGGAAAGAAAAAUGGCAGACAAAUAUGCAAAGAAACAACAAGAAUAUGAUUCUAUUAUAGAUUACUUUUUCCCCAAAACAACACAUGCUACAUCUCUUAUGUGUAUUAGUAGAACAUUAAAUGAUGUAAUUGUUGUAUUAUAUGAUGGAAAGAAUGCUUCAAUUGGUCUUCCUAAGGAUAAAACAUACUUUCUUCCCAUAAGUUAUGUUGGAGAAGAUGGAAAUCAUAUCACGAUUCCCUUUUUAACUACUAGUAAUGAAGUGAAACUAGUUGUGACAGGAAACGAUUGUGAUAUAUCGAAGAGUUCGAAUAGUUUUAUAUUUGUAAUGAAAGACAAUGAAAUUGGGGAUAAGAAAGUCAAGUUGGUGGCCAAUGUAUAUAGAACAUCAGAUAAUGAAAAGUUGGCAAGUGAAGAAUUCUAUUUGUGUUAUAAAAGAAAACGAAUGCCAAAUCAUAUUGUCACUUCUGUUGAUUGCUGUAUCUCGGAUAAAUAUUAUUCCAAUAAAUCUGCGUUUUAUCUGUCUCCUUCUUCAUUCCCAUGUAGCGUGGAUGUUUAUAUAGAUAAUAAGAAAGAAACUAUUCAGUGUAGACAAGGACAAUGGACCUUUAUUGUAUCAAAACCUGCAAUCAAAAUGGUUUUUUAUUCUUCAAUCAUGACGGAGUAUAAUUCUUCAAAUUAUGCUCGGUGUUUCACAUGGAAUGAUACAGGAUUGUCAGUGUUUAAAAGAGAGUUUCCACCGAAAAAUGCUGUUUCAGUCCCUCGUGUUUGCUCAACUGAUCCAUCAACAGCAAUAGCGAAUCUCAGCUCGAAAUCCUUCUGCCAAUUUGUGUCAGCUUUUUCUGAUUUAUCAUUGGUCAUUCUAUCCGCUAACGAUCACGAUAAACAAGAGAUAUUAUCAAUUUUGAAUGGUUGUACCAAUGAUCUGAUCUUGCCUUCCAUUAAAAUAGCUGCUGAAUCAGUUUUCAAUGCAAUUAUCAGUGAAAAGUCCUCAUUGCAGUGGGACUCUGUUAUUAAUACUUUGAGUUCACAUGUGAAUGAUGGUGAUAGACAGGAGAUCGAAGGCAGUAAGGUGGUUCAUGAAGAAGCGUACACAAUCUCACCAAAUAUGGAUACAGAAUCACAACAGGAAACAGAUAAUAAGAAGGCCACGAUUUCAUUUGGAACAUUGUCAGAUGCUACUAAGAAUAAGAUUGGCAAACGUGUACAGGUAAUUAUGAUUAAUGAAAAUGUGAAUAAUACAGCUAAUGAAGAAAAUGAAGAAAGCGAAAAUGAGAGUAAUCCAAAUGAAUUAAAAGAAAACGAAGAGUAUAAGUCUGUUAAUUAUCAGGCUUAUCUUGAAAUAGUGAAUAAGUUACAGAUGGAUGAGAUAUUCCAAAUGGUUUACAAACGAAAAACAACAAAUAAGUAUGUUAAACCUUCGAGUUUCAAAGAUUCAUUAACAAAGGAGAUUCUUAGCAAGAACAGAAACUUGAUUGAUCCUGCAAUUGCUCAAGCAACCAUUAGUACAUCUGUUAAUGUGAUUGACUCCUUAAGGCAAAUGAAUUGUAUGAGCAGAAAACCUCAUUCAACAAUCAAUAUCAUCAUCGAUACAAAUUGUAGUUUGAGAAAGAAUAAGCUUCGAAUGCGAACAAUCAUUUCGUGCAUUAUGGUAACAGUAAUGAAAGAACUUGGCAUUUCCUUCAAUUUGUAUGUGUUUUGUGGAAGAUAUAAAGGUGUGUAUGUUUCUAUGGAAGAUCGAUCAACUCGUGAAAUCAUUUCGUUUUUGUUUGAUAUGGAAGAAGUGGUGAAAAUGCCUUCAACUCCAUUGGAUCUAUUGACAGUGAAGGAUCAAUUUAACGAAAAAGAUCCAGUGGUGAUAAUAAGUGAUGGAUUCAGCGAGCAAUUGAUGUCUCAAGAUGAUGAAGUGAGACAUGUAUUUAGAGUCUAUUCCAAGCUAUUUUUGUUAUGCGUAAAAGGAAAAGAUGAUGAAGCAUUGAGUGGAUCAAAUCAAACUUUACUUGAGAAAUCAUUGGAGGCAAACUUCCAUAAUAAUAUGGUACUGAUUGAGAAUAUCAAUGAUAUAGUAAAAUCUCCUAACAACAUUUUGAUGAACAUACUAUUUGAUGCCCAAGUAAUGAAGAUGAAUGCUAAUGAUAAUGUUUCUCCAAUAAUGAAAUAUGCUCUUGAUCUUCAAGAUGAUUUACAAACCGAAUUUAAGGUAAACAAAUCUUUAGUGUCAAUCAACACUAUAUCAAGUUCAAAAUCUGCAAAACUAGUCGACAUAUUGGACGAAAAUCUCAUGAUUCAACCAAAGGCAUUGAAUGAAAACAUUUUAUUGAGAAAGCUGAAUGGAUUGAUUCAAGGUGAAAAUCUAUUUGAUGCAAUGAGCAUUUCUCUGUUCGUUCCUAAUAAAUCAACAGCCUAUGUUGCAUCCACUUCAGGAACUUCGAUUCAUAUGGCAAACUACAUCAAAUAUGUGGUUAGCAAAACAGGAGAUGGCAAGUUCUUCAAGAAGCUUGGAAGUGAAAAGAUUCGAAGCUACAAUGCUAGCAUUGUGAUUGAUUGCUCUUCAAUUGCAUUCAGUGAAACGAACCGAGUUCAUUCAUUGAUCACGAUCUUCACAAUGCUUCGAAAUCUGAGUAAUAUGCAACUGCCUUGUAUUGAUUUGUGGGUGGCUACUUCUCAUAUUAUUCGUAUUGCAACAGGCAUAUUAUCCACUGAUUUAUGGGAAAGCAAUAUUGUUGCUGCAUUGUAUCAAUCGUUAUUAUCUCCAUGUCAAAAUACUUGUUUACCUGAUUGUAUUCGUUAUGCUUGCUGUACUUGUAACGCUCGAUCAUUCGACUCUAUAAUGAUGGUGUUAACGAAUGGUGUGUUGUGUAAUGAUUCAAGAGCAGAAAUCAAAUCGAUUGUAAGUGGAAUCGAAAUGACUUAUCUUGGAAUUGGAAUUGGUUUGUAUUUGUGUGGAUUUGAAGAUUUGUUCCCAACAAUGAUUUGGAAUUCAAAUCCAAUUCAAUUGUCUGAAACAAUUAUGAAUCUGACCACAGCAUCAAUGAAAGGGAAUCUAAAUGCAGUGCCAGAGAAACAAAUCGAGAAAAUGAUAAUGAAUGGAACAUUUGACAAAACCUAUGUUGAUAUCACAGAGCGGGUUUGCAAUAUUCCUAGUAUUUACGAAACUACAUUGAGUAAUGUUAGAUUUGCUGAUGAAACAGAUGGACCCGAUGCAAUGACGAGGAUUGGCGAUAUCAAUGAUAGCAAAUAUGAUUUGGGAGUGGAUGGAGGCUUUAAAGACUAUACAAUUCUAUUCAUAAUUCUCUAUUUGUGUCGAGGAGAGAAAGAUGAAAAUGGUAAAGUGAUUGACCAGUCUAUCACAGAUGAAGUUUUGCGAAAUGGUCAAGUAGUGAAGAAUGUGCAAUAUUCUCCCAUUCUGAAGCUUGGAGAUAAAGUAAUCAAUGGAAAACCGAUUGGAAAGGGAUUUAACAUCAGAUAUGCUUAUGAUUAUAAAAGUGCUAUCGAUGAAUUAAUGAGUGGAAGGUAUCGAAUGACAUUUAUUACUUGUUCUCCUGGAGAUGGAAUUAUGGCAAAGAAAUGUGAUGAUGAUGUUGAUCAAUAUGCAGAUAGGUUUGUGGGUUGUGUUCACGAAUUCAAUAGGAGAGGAGGAGGUGUAUUCUGGUUCUUAGAAAACUAUCCAUUCACUUAUGAAGCUGACCUGUAUUUUAAGAAAUUCUAUGGAUUUGAAGCAGUUGGUGACAAAGAUAAAAACAUAAAAGGAGGCAAAGUGAUGGAAAGAGUGAAGAGCGAAACUCCGGAAGCUGGUCAUUUUAUUACUAUUGGAGGCAAAGCAACUGAUUUAUAUAAUCUGUCUCAAUUGGAUUUUGGCAUUGUUCGCAUUUUCGAAGGAAGAACGCUUUGCAAACUGAAUGAAAGGAGACUCGAAGGAAUUGGAUUCCGUGAAUUUGCAAAGGAGAGCGAAGGAAAUGUGUCGAUAAUGGUGAAAGAAAAGCAGGAAGGAAGCAGUGAAGGCAGAAUAAUCAUUGAUACAGCUGCAUCCAAACUAUUCUUGGAAUUCACUGAAGAUGGAACAGCCCGAUGGAUCAGCAAUGCUGCAGUUUGGUUGUGUAACACGGAAGCAUUUGAAGAAGAACGAUUCUGUAAUCCAAAAUUAACUUCAGGAAUCAAAAUGAAUGGAGUAACACUUCCUGGCUUGACACCAAUGGAGAAACGAGAAAUCAAGAGUAAGGAAGUGAGAUUCUGCUUAAGUAUUGUAAUGGAUACGACAGGAUCAAUGGGCAGUUAUAUUAAUGCUACUAGAGAGAAUAUAAUCCAAAUUUUGAAUCAGUUACAACAAAUAGAAAGAGAUUAUCAUCUUCCUAAGGGAGGAAUUGUUGGUCAAGUUGUUCAAUAUAAGGAUUUCAAAGAUACAUUAACAGGAGAAACAGCAGAAUACAUUACUCAUGACUUUGGAAAACUGAGAAAUAAACUCGCUACCUUUGUAGCAAGUGGCGGUGGAGAUGCAUGUGAAGAUAUUCAAGGAGGAUUGAUUCGUGCUUUAGGACAAAUGAAACAGGUCCCAUACAAUACAUAUAAUCAUUUGAUUCUGGUUGUAGCAGAUGCACAUAAUCAUGAAGAUGGUAAAACUGAUUAUAGUUGUGACUAUACACAUAACAUUGCUUAUAACAAGAGCUUUUCGCAAGUAUGGAGGGAUAUCUAUGGGAUGAUCAAUCAAUUCAAAGGAAUAAAGAUUAUGUUCAUGCCCGUUUCUAACAAGUUGCUACUACGAACAGCAGAUAUUAUGCGAUCAGCUCUGGGACCUGAAAUCGUUGAUAGUGCCGAAGUUACAACAGAGACAAACUUCGUACAAGUAGUAACACAGACAGCCAUCACUGAAUACAAGCGAUUCAUUGGUAUUUCUUAA